GGGGUCCACAGUCACUAGAAGCUACAGCAGUGACUGGCAACAAAAAUUAUUAAUGGUUUCCAGGAAAAACCAUGGCCUCGGGCAAAGUUAAGACCAUGAGAGAGGAAGCCACCUGACUGAUCUGCCUAGAGCUGAUGACUGAGCCAGUGAAAAACUGUUGACACAUCUACUGCCAUUCGGGCUUAUUAGAAAAUCUUGAGAACCAGAAAAUGAAGUCACCUUUCUGGGGAAACUUCCAGUGUCCUGUAUGUAGGGCACAGUUUCAAAGGGAGAGUAUCCGGCCCAGUAAGCAGCUAGGAAACCUCACUGACACAAUUAAGAUGGCGGAGCAGGAACAUCUGUGUGAGGACCACAGAGAGAAGCUCAGCCUGUUCUGUGAAGAUGAUGGUCAGCUCAUCUGCUGGUGUUGUGAGCGGACAAAACAGCACAAAGGGCAAACCACCAUCCUUGCUACAGAUGCCUGUCAAGGCUACAGGUAUUAAGGAUUUCCAGGAAAAACCAUGGCCUCUGGCACAGUUAAGAACAUGAGGGAGGAAGUCACCUGCCCCAUCUGCCUGGAGAUGAUGACUGAGCCAGUGAUGAUAGACUGUGGGCACAUCUAUUGUCAUUCCUGCAUAAUGAAAAAGCUUGAGAACCAGCAACAGCAGUCACUGUCAGCGGGAAACUUCCAGUGUCCUGUAUGUAGGGCACAGUUUCAAAGGGAGAUCAUCCGGCCCAUUAAGCAUCUAGAAAACCUCAUAGACAUUAUUAAGAAGAUGGAGCUGGAAAAUCUGUGUGAAGAACACGGAGAGAAGCUCAACCUGUUUUGUGAAGAUGAUGGUCAGUUCAUCUGCUUGUUAUGUGAGCGGAAAGCAAAGCACAAAGGGCACACCACGUUACUUGCUACAGAGGCCUGUCAAGUCUACAAGGAAAACUUUCAGGAAUGUUUGAUACACCUAAGGAGACUAGAAGAACAAAAUAAGGAAUGGCUAGGGAAAAUAAGAGAGCAAAUAACAAAUUUUCAGUCCAAAAUUAUGGAAAAAAAAAACCGCAUCACAUAUGUUUUUGAGGUUUUUCAAAUGAUCCUAGAAAUUGAAGAGAAAUCUUAUCUAUGGAGACUGGAAAAUGAAGAAGAGCAAGUUCUGCAGAGACUAAAAAACAGUGAAGCCAACCUGGAGGAUCAAAGCCAGGAACUGAGCAAACACAUCCAGGAACUGGAGAGGAAAUGUCAGAGUUCAGCCCAGGAGUUACUGCAGGAUGCAAAGGACACUGUGGACAGGAUUUCUGCUAUGCAGUUAAAUGCACCAGAGGAUGUCUCACUGGAUACUCACAGUAUACCUGAUAUUAGUAGCAUUUUCUGUUCAUUGUUAAAAUUGUUUGAGACUGAUAACGUUAAGCUUACUCUGGAUCUAGAUACAGCUCACAACGACCUAGAUGUGGACAAAGAUGAAAACACUGUGCUUGGUGGCAGGUCCGAAGUGAAGCAGGACACUCCUACUAGGUUUAAAGACUUACCCUGUGUCUUGGGUUGUGAGGCCUUCACCUCUGGAAAAUAUUACUUUGAAAUAUAUUUUAAAAAAGGAUCUAAGUGGGAUGUCGGAAUUUGUCUGGAAAAUGUGCCAAGAGACAAUGACAUGCGACGGGAUCCUGAGUCUGGAUUCUGGGCCAUCAGACAUUGUAGAGAUGAUGGCUAUGUAGCACUUACAUCACCCCUAACCCCUCUUUUAGUGGAAGAUGUUAAUAUUAUAGGCGUUUUCCUGGACUAUGAGGCUGGAAUGAUCUCCUUUUACAAUUUGAUUCCUGUCUCCCACAUCUUCACUUUCCCAAAGGUCUCUUUCUCUGAGCCUAUCAGACCUUAUUUCUGUAUUGGUGAAGAUUCUUAUUUCCACAUUUAUCAUAGAUAUAUGGAAGAAAUUUUUAAAUAAAAGAUUUCUAGUUUAUCUAAGGAAAAAAGAACAGUAUCUUUAUAUCCUUGUAUCAAGUUCAAAGAAAUAGAAUUCAAAUUCUGUGAAUGUAGAAAUUUUGGUUGCUUUCUUCACUGUUUGCCAUAACCUAGAAUGAUGCUAAGCUUUUGUAGAUCCCUAAUAGAUUUGCAUUAAAUGAUUGGCUAUAAAGCAGGUACCACACAUAAGGAACCUGCUUUAGAGAGAAUAUACUUGAUAAAAAUACCAUAAAGUGUGCUGUGGACCUCUAUUCAGUAGAUUUAAUUUUAUUAUAGAAAUACUCUGCAUACAUAAAUUCCAUUAGUGAUUUCAUCUUAGGACAUAAAAACCUUUCCUUUGAGCAUGAAAACUCUGAAACAAUCCCAAUCUAUUUCCCUUGCAGUGUCUUGUGAAAAUAUUGGGAGAGUAAAGUCAAGAGAAAAGCUGUUAAUCCCACAUACUAGGACAGAUUUUUGUCCUAUUAAAAUGGAAAGUUAUAAAGGAAAUAGAAAUGCAAGUUAUUCACUCCAAACAGGAAAGAUAAAGGUAACCUCAGGGGAUCAGGGUUGCUCACAAGAGCACUGUAAGCUUCUCUGGGGGGAAGAAAGAAGGAAAUUCAUUGGUUAAGCUGAAAAAACUUAGAGGUAAUAUCCCACAUGUAGAGAAAGAGGGUGAAUUAAUAAGGGGCAAAGAUAUAGAUGCAGUUCUGCCUUGCUGUUUCCUCUUAGCAAUACAUCCUGCUAUCUGUAUUCAUUUUUCCCGUGACCUGGUCUCAUUAAGAUUCCAAUUCCUACUAAAAACUGCCCCUUCACUAAGGGAAGAAGUGGCAGAAAGAGCACUAAGAAGACAGAGAGACCUCUCCAGUUUUCUGGCCAAGGAAUAACAUAUCCCAGGACUUAUAGUUUACAUUCUGUCUAAGCAUGACCACUAGAGUCACCCUCCAGGAGGCAUACUUGAAAGGAAGAUUUUCAUUGAGUUACCUUUGUUCUCCUGAAGAUCUUGAGAAAGUUUCUUUGUUUUUCUCCUGAAUGACACUCCAAAUGAUAUUGAAAGGAGUAGGGAAAUGGAAACCUAGAGAGAGACAGAGAGAGACAGAGAGAGAUACAUAGAAACACAGAGAGACAGAGAGAGACAGAGAAAGAGACAAAAGAGAAAGAGAAAGAGAAAAAAGAGAUAAAGAGAAAGAAAGAGAAAGAGAUGGAGAAAGAGAUGGAGAAAGAGAUGGAAAAAGAGAACAUGCCUGCAUCUGGAGCCACCUGUAACUCCCAAGGGAAGUGCCUGGAGAAAAGGCUUGGUAACAUCUGCCACAUGCACCUGUAUGCUAUGGCUGUUCUUAUCCCACUAGUGCCAAACACAGGGCAGCGAUCAAUCUACGUAUGAGGUCAUUUGGUCUCUGGAUAGUGCCCUCAGUCCCCACCAUAUGUGUUCUUCAACAUCAUGCCGUCAGAUCUGUUGGAGGGAUUUCUCUUUGAAGAAAAGGGGAAAAACUCUGGCCUUCAUUUAUGUUUCUGAGUCUGUUGUCUGCCCUCACACAAAAGAACUUCACAAGGGGAUAGAAGAUGAAGUAGGGAAAUGCAUUCAAGAGAGAAUGUGAGAUUCUCGUGAGUGAAGACAGUAAAGGGUCACAACCCAAGUUAAGGGGCAUGUGGAUGUGAAGACAAUCUGGCUGAGACAUCUAGUGCCCCAUUGAUUGCCAGGGUUGAUUAGAACAAUCUGACUGGCUGGGUGAGGCCUCCUUCUAUCUCACUGUUCCAUGUCAUCUCUCCCGAAGUUGCAUGCUGAGUUGAUGAGGAUGGCCUUGCCCAUAUGGAGAAGGAUCAUUCUUCGGCUGAGGGUAUAUAAUAGCUGUGAUCCCCUGCUAGGACCUCCAAAUGAGCUUUCUCAAGUUAAGGUACUUGCAGAACCAGAAUGCUGCUUGGUUUAGCUAAGGGAGUUUUAUAGGUUUUCCUUGAACUCAACCACCUUGCAUUUUCUGUGUUGAUAAGAGUCUGUACCUAGGGUAUUGGUAAGGGGAGAAGUUUGUACUUUUGCUGUCUUGCAUAUGCUUAUCACAGCCAUUUGCUCUUGAUUUCUGUGCAAACUCUCCGCUAAGCAUUGAUGCCUUCUCUGGGUUGGGGCUGGGGUCAGAAUCUGGCCCUCUGUGUGCAUCUCAAAGUAUUUCCAGUCUUCUUUAUGCUUUAGGGAUUCUUUAUGCUAGUGACAGAAUAACUAACCUGUUCUUGGUUUCCUCACCUUCAGAGAUACUCGUUGCUCCGAUGUCUUCUAACUGCUUCAGUUUCUUUCAGGAAGGGUGAUGUGUGUUGUUGUGUGUUGUUCGAGGGCUCUCAGAGCGGUUCUCUCUCACCACUCGUGUUCAGUGCUCUCGAGCUGCUGUGUAUGGAUCGGGAUGGCUCCUCCUUUGUGCUCUACUUCUGUGUGUGCCACUGUGCUCUCUUCUCUCUGUCUCUCUAUCUCUGACUCUGUCUGUGUAGUCUCUCCUCUGAUCUCUUCUGAUCUCUCUCUCUCUCUCUCUCUCUGGAGCCCUUCUACUUCUCUCUCUGGAGCCCAACCUGCUCUCACUUCUGACUCUGCCCCCUUCUGCUCUUACAGUCUUAGUUUAUACAGCAAUCACAUAGGGUCAUGAUAGAAAGGUGGGUUGAACAUUAACAAAUCAACAAAGAGAGGUAAAACCACUCCUCCAGGAGAUUAACUCAAGGAUAAAAUCUUAUCUAAAGAGAUUAUUCUGGAUUAGUAGUGUAAGGGACAGGCCCAAAAUGGACUACCACCAGAAUUAAUUUAGCUUAGCUUAAUAGGAACCUGCAUUGCAAAAUAACUUGUUCUUCAAGGAACAGGUCUAGAUAAGCUUUUUCAGAUCCGCUUUAUAGGAGCCUGCACUGCAAAAUAACUGGUUUUUCUACCCCUGAGCAAGGAAUUCAGAUACAGGUCCUCGAAGGGUGGGGGUCAGACCAGAUAACCGGAUGUCUCUCAUAAGACCCAUGUUGCAAGACCCAGGACUGCCUUAAAACCCUGUCAGUUCCUAAGCACCGACGCAAAAUGCUGAUCUUUAAACUAUAGGCUAAGAAGUGAUGUACCCUUAAUUGGAUUGGUUAGGAAAGCAUAUGUUGUUACAAACUAUUGGCUAUGAAAUGCGCGGGCUUUGCUGUAACGGCCAGUGAAGGCCUAUAUAAGAUCCCCUUUGAAGAGGUUCGGGGUCUUGCCUCACCUAACUGACCUGCGUGUCUGUGUAGGCGGCUUGACCUUGGCU